UGUACAGUACAAGUUGAAAGAAGAGACAAAAGCACUUGAUGCUGACGCUGAUGAAACAGACGAGGGAAAAGAUGAGGGCUCUUGACUGACGGCAGAACGGCAGACGAGAAACCGCAUUCUUCAGGACCACUCCCAAGACGUAUCGCUGAACUUAAUGAGGCAUUUGAAAGAUUCGAUGGGGUCCAACACUUGAAAACUUCAAGGGGAUCUUGGCCACUUCGAGACGGAUUCACCCGAUCUGCGAAGGACUGAUGUAUAUUUGCCACUGCCACAGGAAGUACCUUGUAGCUUCUUUGCAGAUUUGCACCAACCUGAAGGCCUUCGACCGCUUUGGAGCAGGAUUCGAGAUGCCACCUCAGUGAUUGUCGCAGUGACCGAGGCAGUGCCAGAUGUUGAUCCUGAAUACUGUAUAACUAAGUAUUACUUUUACUUGGACAAAUUAUUCCAGUUUGAGGCACUAGGCUGCCCAUUAGUCUCAAAUUUCUGUGUCAACAUCAACAAAACCCGGAUUUAAAAGGCACUUAGGACUUGAAAUGAAAUAUGAUCAUUUUAACAGCAAAAUCCGUGCAGUGUGUCGGUUGCUUCCAAGUCUUAAUUCCACAUAUGAAUCCACUGAAUGAAUUUCCCUUCUCUUGUGCCUUCUGUCUCACACAGAAGCGUACACCUUUGGAUCACCAAUCUUGAAUAUAGCAGCGUCGCCACAGCACUUCUUCACAGCGGAGUUUGAAAUGCUCUUGUCUGUUGUUGAUGCUUGCAAAUAACAUUUGCGGCCCAGGAUGGCUUUUACACAUCUGGACUGUGUACAAGAACUGCAAUCCAGCUCUUUAUUUAUGUGAUGGGGCUUUCAAGAAGAAUGACCUAACAUGGAAACACUGACUCCUCUUCCCUUCUCCAAAAUAAGUGUAACUAGACCGGACUCUUUUUUCCCAUGCACACUGCUAGCUUUGACAUUCUGACAAAAAUAUCCCCUGAUUUUCCUUUGAAAUAUUCUUCUAAAGGAGCUAAUGAAAUUAAUCUUUCUUUUUGAGACACACUGCAUCUGGUGCCAUGCUGUAUCGGCCAGUUGGCUUUGUCCCGUGUUAGUACACACACUAGCACAUUAACACUUCCAGUAAUUCUAGAAUUUCGCGUGCCAAGAGCCGUAAAUCACCACAGUCAUGGGUAUUCAGGGAAUGGAGCUGUUUGCCAUCGGAGUGGUGAUCAUUCUGUUCGUGGCAGUUCUCAAACAGUUCGGCAUUCUGGAGCCUAUGUCACUUGAAGACGGUGAGUGUAAGCACCUGUCUAGUUUAGUCUCUUUUCUUUUUGUGGCAUGCUUUCUUCAUUAUGUGAUUGACUAUACUAGCUCAAUUCCACCAAUUAUAAUGUCUGAACAGUAAGGAAACCCUAAAAUGAGUCAUUCACAUUGAAAAAGAAAGAGUCACCCUGUCUAUCAAACCUCCAUUUCUUUCUCUUUCCUCUUUCUGCACAUCUUUGACUUUAAUGCUAACUCUUUUGCUUUUACUCCCCUUUUUCUUCCUCUUUCUCUCCUCGCAACUGCUGUCUCCCCCUUUGAAAUGCUCUCACACCCCAUCCCGUCCUGCAUGCCAUCAACUCACCCCGUUCCUGACCCCUUCCCCCUCUUCCUCUCUCUUUUUCUGCUCUUUCUCUCCCAUAGACAGCAGUGACAGUGAGCUGGAGCUGUCCACGGUGCGACAUCAGCCCGAGGGUCUGGAGCAGCUGCAGGCUCAGACCAAAUUCACCAAGAAGGAGCUGCAGUCCCUUUAUAGGGGCUUCAAAAACGAGUGCCCAAGUGGUUUGGUUGAUGAGGAAACUUUCAAGACCAUCUACUCUCAGUUCUUUCCCCAAGGGGAUGCCACCACAUAUGCGCACUUCUUGUUUAAUGCGUUUGAUCUCGAUAGAAAUGGCUCAAUUCGUUUUGAGGACUUUGUGAUUGGUCUGUCUGUGUUGUUGAGAGGAUCUGUCACUGAAAAGCUCAAUUGGGCUUUCAACCUUUAUGACAUCAACAAGGAUGGAUACAUCACUAAAGAGGAGAUGCUGUUAAUCAUGAAGUCAAUCUAUGACAUGAUGGGCAGGUACACUUACCCCAGUGUGCGAGAUGAAGCUCCAUCUGAACAUGUGGAAAAGUUCUUCCAGAAAAUGGACAGAAAUCGAGAUGGUGUGGUCACUAUUGAGGAGUUUAUUGAGACCUGUCAGAAAGACGAAAACAUCAUGAACUCCAUGCAGCUUUUUGAAAAUGUGAUUUAGGACAGGAGUGGAGUGAUCUAAAGCUAAAACAGCCCUCAAUGUCCCAAUCCAGUUCUCUCCACAUGUCUAUAUACCAAACUAGCACAGCAGUCACUCUCUGUCUUGUCCUGUAGCACUACUCCCAUGCCUGCUGCACUCCGUAGAAUCCUAUAGACCAACACAUAGCCUACAGUAUGGCAUCACAGUGUGUGCUUCACAGCAGGACUGCUUUUAAAAAGAAAAGCCUGGACGGCCGGGAUCCUUCUAGUUGCUAAAUACUGGCAACCAUGUGGUGGAACUUUCUGAACCGAAUCAAUAAAUUAAGUAACAAAGCCACGUUUUGUAUCACUGGUUGAUGGAUUCCAAUGGGCUCUCUGACGUCCAUAUAAAAACCAUCACCGCUCUGGACUGCUUUCUUCUGCCUUACGAAUGAGGGACAUUACAAGACUCAGUCUCAACCUUCCAGAUACCAUAGUUUGAAGGAGAGUACAGUAACUAUGGAUUUCAAGGGACCCAAAGGAGCGUCUAGCACCAAUGACGAUUUGAAGCACACCAGAGACUACUCACCAAAAGAACAGAAUUAAUGUGAUUAAAACCGGCCUGAAGCAUGCCUGUCCAAAUAUGUGAGAUAAUUGUGAUUUUCUUGCAUGGAGACUGACUAAGUUGUACAUUUUCUUCCUUGUAAGCCAGUAACCCACAGAAGACUGUAAGCAAACUAAAGCAACUGUAUGCGUGAAGUUAGUGUACCAGUGUUUAUAAGUUCUGCUCAAAGCUGUAUUGCACAUAUCAGUGGGGCCAGGAUGAUUUGUUUGGUCGUGUUUGAUUCUUGCACAGAAAUGGGGUAUAUUCAAAGUUAUAUUUACAGUGUAGGCAUUUUAGAAGUAGAGAAGUAAGUGUUUUAUUUUCAGGAAUGUAUUUAUUUGUCAGGAGAUGUCUAAUGGAAUGCAGGGUUUGGGCAUGAACGGACAUGUCCUGGUUAUUAAAAUUGUGGUUUAAAAGUUUUAUUAUUAUGCUCAUUAAAAAAUAAUAAUAAUAAUAUUAAUUUGGAUAUAUAUGGAUAUA